CACUUGUGUCUUUGGUCUUGUCUAUUUUAAUUUGAAAUAGGCAGUUAUUUUUGGUUUUCAGUUUUCGAUACAAAUAAUUAACAUUUAUAUUUAUAAAAUAAUAGUUAAGAUAAAUUGGAAUAAUUUAAAUAUGGGUAAUCCUCUACACAUAGAAGUUGUACAAAGAAAGCAGAGCCAUGCUAACAAAGAUUACAUCAAAGACUUGGUUCAUUCCUUUUUAGCAAAUUUUGCAUCCCUAACUCCUGGUGCAAUAAUGACUGAAAGUGACAUAGAAGAUACCGUAGAUUUAAAGGACCACGUUCAGUCAAUUACCAUCUGUGAUGUAGAACACGAUACUGAAGUGUUAUUGACGGAUUGCGACGUUGUGUAUCAUGUAUAUACUUUAGAUUCGUUUGGCUCAGAAACAGAUACUAUGAUGGAUACAGCUUCAGGUGACGAAAUCGCUGCAGCAGAUGUGUGGGCUCUUCCGGCUGAAGAGUUCCACGGACUGUGGGAAAAUCUUGUAUAUGAUUCAAAAUUAAAGGAAGACACGCUUCGCUUUGUUGAGACUGCUUUUGAGUUUUCCGAUCGAGGCGUAGAUGCGAACGUCAUCGGCUGGAACCGAGUAGUUCUCCUACAUGGGCCACCGGGAACAGGAAAAACUAGUCUUUGCCGGGCACUCGCACAAAAGCUUGCCAUUCGCUUGGGAGAUCGAUUCCCUCGGGCUCGUCUUCUGGAAAUUAAUGCUCACGGUCUAUUCUCUAAAUGGUUUUCAGAAAGUGGGAAAUUAGUCGCUAAACUGUUCGAUCGCAUUAGAGAAAUAGUAGAAGACAGACGGCUUCUCGCAUGUGUGCUCGUAGACGAAGUGGAGUCCCUCGCGCAUGCGAGACGAGCCGCGCUGGCCGGUCUGGAGCCAUCUGAUUCGAUACGUGCCGUAAACGCCAUCCUUACCCAAUUGGACAGACUUAAACGACACCCAAAUGCACUUGUUCUGACGACAUCAAAUGUGACGGGAGCAAUUGAUGUAGCUUUCGUAGACAGGGCAGAUAUUAAGCGCUUGGUUGGACCACCAUCUGAACGCGCGGCCUAUGAAAUCCUCCGCGGUUGCUGCAAUGAGCUAAUGGCUCGUAGUAUUGUUGCUCCUAAAGAACAUUUAUUUGCAUUGCGUGUGUUGGAAGCAGCUCGUUUCGUAGAUACAGAAGGCUCUCGAACAUCGCUGCGAUUGCGAGAGGUGGCAAGUACUGCAGCAGCUGCUAACAUAUCUGCCCGGGCGCUGCGAAGGUUGCCCUUCCUGGCACGCGCUCUGCAUGCAAGGGGAGACAUAGAUCUAUUGGGAUUUAUUGAUGCCCUGCAAGCUGCCCUCAGACAGUACCUUAGUGAUAUUCGCGAUUUGAAUGAUGAGAAUUUACCAACACCUACCCUGACAGAAGAUUAAAACUAUGUUUACUAAUAUAAUAUGUAUAAUGGAGUAUGUAAUUAGUGUAAGGACAAAACAGUGAUAUUUUUCUGAAUAUUUUUCAACUUAUUUAUUUAUUAAAUAAAUUGUUGUUUACUA